ACCUAAGAAAUUUGACAGAUUUCAGCUGUAUAUACGCCCGCAUAGUGCCCCGAUUUAUUUAAUAAUUAAACUAUAUUUAUGAAAUUAGUGAACGUUAUUAAGUUUUAAUUAAAUCAAUUACCUAAGCGCAAACGUAUGAAGUAAAAUGCAGCGUGAAGAAAAACAAUUGGAAGCAACAUUGCAUGCCAUAUUAAAUCGUGUAAAUGAUCUUAAAACUGCUAUACAAGCACUAAUAUCAAAACUAGAAAAUGAAUAUGAAACUAUUAACUGGCCGACAUUUCUUGAUAAUUAUGCCAUUUUAUCAGGACAUCUGACUGGUUUGAGCAAAAUUCUUCAGUCUGAAGUGGCUCCAUCAUUACGAUCUGUAGUGGUUCUUCCCUUGCAAUUGGGAUGUGAAAGAGAUGAAGCUUUAGCUCGUUUGACCGAAGGCCGUGUACCUGCAUGCACACAUGACUUGGUUCCUGAUUUACUAAGAACUAAACCAGAGCCUCAAGCUGAACAACGUCUUCAGCAAUUUAAUCACAAAGCCAGCACACUCAGUCAUGAUACUGCACAGAAACAAGUGGCACAGUUCACAAAAGUGAUUAGUCAUGUAUGGGAAAUCAUAUCUAAAGGUCGUGAAGAUUGGGAGGGAGAAUCAAUGAGAUCAGCAGGUAUGCAACCCACUCAUAGUAUUGCUGAUACACAUGCAUUGGUCACUGCAGUGGGAACAGGAAAAGGUCUUCGACCAGGCAUGCCAUCUAUGGGACCUUCUGGUGUGGGAGCACCUGGCUUAGGACCCUCACGCGGCCCGGCGCCUCAACUCGGUCCCGCUGCUGCUGCUAUGCCUAAAGCACCCUCUGCUAUUAAAACAAACAUAAAAGCAGCAAAUCAAAUACAUCCAUACCAGCGUUAAUUACUGUAUUUUUACCUUACAUCCAGAGGGAUGAUUUUUGCGCGUAUAUAGUUUCAUUGUGACCUAAAGUAGAAUUAGUAAUAGAUUUAGGUCUACUAGCCCUUUUUAGGGGGUUAACAGAGUUAUGUGAGACGGUGUAAGUCGCAGUCCUGUGGCCCCCUUUCCAUGUAGUAUUCUGAGCAGUCGCCCAACAGCGCCCUAACGCCAAGUAGAAUUGAUUCAAAAAUCUUGGUUGAUAGCUUAUUUGAUUUUAAAGUGUUUAGUUAUUAAGGAUGUUGGAGUUAUUAAUUCUUCAAAAAUAACUUAUGUGAAAUGGAAAUAUUACAACUAAGAAAUAAAACAAACAUAAUUGUCA